GAAACCAGAACAAUUAUUUAGCCCGUAUGCAUUUAUAUAAUUACCAGACGAAUAUGUUGCCUUACUUAAAUAAAAAUGUGUUUACAAAUAAUCCAAUACGAUGAAGUCUAGAGGAAAUGGGAAUUGUAAAGAAUUAACUGACAACAGUUAUUAAAAAUGAAAUAAUACAAAAUAUAAACAAGUUAUUUUGGAUUUGAACUUCAAGCGGACAGGACAUGGCGUAUCAAGAACUACAUUACAGUAUUUUGAUACUUGUCUUUAUGUUUAUGCAGAUUGUUGAUGUAAAAACUCAGAAUCCUUCAAUACAGUUUAUGCACAUUAAAUCAGACAUAACACACCGAUUUGCUACGACGUUAGUUUCCAGCACAGUUGUUAGUAGUGUAGAGACACCAGAAGAGUCAAGUUUCCAUGUCGUGAUACCAGAUUCUGCUUUCAUCACGGAAUUCCUAAUCGAAAUAAAUGGUCAACUGUAUCCCGGAGAAAUCAAGAAAAGGGGGAGAGUGAAAGAAAAAUAUGAAAGUGGAAAAAAGAGUUGGCACAAUGCACAACAAAUGACAGAAAAAUUCAGAUAUACUAGCAGAUUUAGUUUUGAUAUAAACGUACCAGCUGAGAGUAGAGUGACUUUCAAUCUGACUUAUCAAGAACUAAUACAACGAGUUAAUGGUAUAUAUCAACACAAAAUAUAUGUCGAUCCAGGACAGAUUGUAGAGGAUUUAGCGGUUGAUGUUUUAAUUUUUGAAUCAAGAAAUAUUACCAAACUUUUAGUGCCACGACUACGAAACAACACCCUAUCUAAUAAAGAUGAAGAAUUAAACGCAUUAGCUGUUAUUGACCGACCAACAUCGAAAUCUGCCACAAUUAAUUAUGCCCCGAGCGCCGAAGAUCAGAAACAGAUGUCUGACCAGGGAAUAUCAGGAUUGUUUGUUGUCGAGUAUGAUGUCCAGAGAAAAUUUGACGCCGGUGAAGUCAUGAUAUCUGAUGGAUAUUUUAUGCAUCAAUUUUCCCCGGGAAGCCUAAAGCCAAUUCAAAAGGAUGUUCUGUUCAUCCUAGAUGUGAGUUCAUCUAUGUAUGGAACUGAAAUACGACAACAAAGUAACGCUAUUGAUACAAUUAUACAAGACUUUCACAGUCUUGACAGAUUCAAUAUAAUGGAAUUCAGCACAAACGCUACAUUAUGGCAAUCACAGAUUUUGAAUGCAAGCAAUGAAAAUAAACUAAAAGCACGUCAGUAUCUCAAAGAGAUGCAAGCCAAUGGAUAUUCUGAUAUAAAUAUUGCAAUUCUGAAAGGUUUGGAGUUUCUAAACAAUAUUUCGAAACAUGAUAACCGUAUGAAAAUGUUAGUGUUUCUUACUGAUGGUCACGCCUCUAAAGGAGAACAAGAUAGCAGUAAAAUUAUCAGCAACAUUGAUGAGAAAAAUACUGAACGCAUACCUAUUUUCAGUCUUGCAUUUGGAGAUGAAGCAGAUUAUGAAUUUGUCAAGAAAGUUGCUGUUAAAAAUGAUGGUGUAGCUAGAAAGAUUUUUAAAGGCCAUGAUGCUUCUUUGCAAAUCAAACAAUCCUUUGAUGAAAUUUCAUCACCUUCGCUACGAAAUAUCACGUUCAAAUAUCUGCAUAAAAACACGGAUAUCAUAGAAAAAGCAACCAAAUUGAACUAUGGCACGUUUUAUAACGACAAGGAAAUAAUAACCGCUGGAAAGUUAUUUAAUGUCGAUGGAGAUAUAAUAGAUGUUUUAAUUUCUGGCCUCGGAGUAGACGGACCUUUAGAAUUACCUUUAGAGAUUGACCUUCAAAAUCAAAUUUAUUCUACGGACAAAUCAUCUGACAACGACAAAAUACCUAAGAGAAUAUGGGCGUAUCUUACAAUCAAGCAACUUUUAGAUAAAGCGAUUGGUGAAAAAAGCCCAACAGAAAAGAGGAUGUUAAAUCAUAUGGUUAGACAGCUGUCUUUGAAGUACAAGUUUGUAACACCAUUAGCGUCUGUCGUUGUUACGUUACCUGAUAAACGGCAACAUGGCUUAUUGGAAGAAAAUGAGGAUUCUUUACUUGCCCUUGCUUUACAUCAGACAGAGAAUAGAAAACAAAGUGUUCCGAAAGGAAUUAAACGCAAAGCUGACGGUGUUAGUACCGAAGGAGGAGGAGGAGGUGAUCCCCAUUUCAUGGUUAGAAUUAAAGGCAUCGAGUAUCCAAUAUGCUUUGAUGUGGAUGCAGCCAAAGGAGAUGUGAUUAAGAUUCUGAAAGAUCCCUUAUCAGGUUAA